AGUUGCUAGUGUUCCGCGUGUGAGAUACAGCGAUUGCUGGCGAUGAUUUGAUUUCAUUAAAUUGCAAUUUUUCUAACAAAUGUAUAUGUGCACAUACAUACAUACGCAUUGUAUUAAUUGCUCGUAUUGGUCUGUGAAAUGAAACGUAAGAUUGACGCAAUUUUCCAGCAAUUGAGAAUGCAGCGAAGUACAAUGUAGCGGAGCGUCUGCUCGCGUGGCGGCGCGUUACUAAUUACCGCUAUAUUAAGUGAAUGGGAACUGGAAAAACUAUUAGUCACAAAAUUGCAUAAAUUACCAAGUUGCAAUGUUUUAUUGGAUAAACAAUUCAGUACAUCAGUAGUGCAGCGUCUUGUCUAUUAUAUUUAUGACUGUUUGUGCACAUACUUUAAUACAAAUACAUAUGUUUUUUACAUUAUUAAGUGUGCAUAAUACACGGUAAGAAACUGGAAAGUGAAUUUACGAAACUAUACUCAUAUAUUCGCAAUGGGCCUCCUGCAGGCCUAUAUGCGUCGUCAGACAUCCAAUCUACCCAUGUACAUACAUGUAUACAUACCUACGAACUUAGAUUAAUUGUGAGCCAAAAACUGAAAGAUUAUACAAUUUUGAGAGCUUCAUAUGUACAUCUUUUAUUUUUACGGCUGGUACUUAAAUAUUGGCUAGCAUUUCUGGAUUUGUUAUAUAAUAUAUACAUAUAUAAAUGAUCCGCAUGACGAGCUGACUCGAUUUGGGCAUGCCCGUCUGUCUGCUUAUAGUAGCGAACUACUCCCUCAUUUUUUGAGAUACUGAUCUGAAAUUUUGCACACGUCCUUUUCUUCCCAAGAAGUUGCUCAAUUGUUGGAACCGCCGAUAUCGAAACACUAUAGCAUAUACAUAUCUGUCACACAAACUGAACACUCUGAAUCAAGUGCUUUUAUGAUGAUUAUGAUGUGAACAAUAUUUUUCAAACAAUUUAAUUAGCUUCAAUAUUCAAAAUUGUCAAAGUGAGACUUAAAUUCCUAACUGUGUAUGCGUCAGUAUGUAAACGACUGGUCGAGUGACUUGUGACUGGUGACUUGAUUCGCAGCAAUUGAAUGGUCAAAAAGUGGCGUUAAUGUCGCAUAAGCAUUGCAAUUAUUUACGUAAAUCAAUCAAUAUAAUAUAAAAACAUCACACCCGAAAUGACGAAUCACUCUGAAUUGCACAACGGCAGUUCAGCACAAACAGUUUUAAUUGUGAAGGGUCUCGAUAAAAUAAAGCCACCGAAACCGUUAGGCGAACGCAAAAAAGCAGUAUUGCGUCAGGAGCUGAUGGUAAUCCUUGGAAAUACGUGUGUGGUAGCAUCGGGCAUGUCCGUGGCUCUACCUUCUGUGUCGCUUGCUCAAUUAACAGAUCCAAAUGAUAUUUACCAUCUCAACACCGAGGAAAGUAGUUGGUUUGCUUCUAUCAAUAGCAUGGCCUGUCCACUGGGAGGCUUAUUAGUAGGUUAUCUCAUGGAUCGAAUCGGUCGUAGAAACACGAUGUUAUGCACGAAUUUCGUUGGUAUUAUCGGAUUGUUGCUGCUUGUCACUGCCCCCCACCAAAGCACACGUGAUGCCAUUUAUAUACAGUUACUCAUUGGCAGAUUCUUAUGUGGUCUUAUGAUUGGUUUAUCACUGUCCCCGAUUGGUUCGUAUGCUGCGGAAAUCAGCUUACCACGGAUAAGAGGUCGUCUGAUUAUGGGUACAUCGAUAGCAAUAGCCAGCGGUAUAUUGUUAAUGUAUUUGUUGGGUUAUUUUAUACGGAACAACUUUAAGCUGAUCUCCAUUAUAUCCGUCGUUUACCAAUGCUUGGCGUUCUGCUGUUGCCUGCCCAUGCCUGAAUCCCCAAGUUGGCUGCUACAAAAGGGCUAUGAGGAGCGUGCUCGCAAGUCGCUCAAGUAUUUUCGGGGUCUCUCGAAAAAUGAUAACAACAUUUACGAGGAAUUCGAAACGGAAUUGGCGCUCAUCAAAAAGAAUUCAGACAUCAGUCGGACAGCCGCUGCCAAUGAGUCGCUUUUACAGGCCAUACGUUCACCGGAGGUCUACAAACCUCUGCUCAUGAUGAUCGGCUUCUUUUUCUUUCAACAGUACUCUGGCAUUGUUGUUGUGAUUGUAUUUGCAGCACAAAUCGCUACACGCGCUGGUGUCUCUGCCGAUCCGCUGCUGGUGGCUGUGUUCGUUGGUGUGGCACGUAUAAUUACCACAUUCUUCAUGGGCAUGAUUUUCGAAAAAUGGGGACGUCGCCCAGCGGGUAUAAUUUCAGCGACCGGAAUGACUAUUUGCAUGACAUUGCUUGCGGCUAAUGGUUGGUGGCCAGUUAUCGGAGAACAUGUGCCAUUAUUGUCUGUCUUCGCCAUUGUGCUACACAUAAUCUUCUCCACAAUGGGACUGCUAACCCUGCCAUUCUUCAUGAUAUCAGAGGUAUUUCCACAACGUGUACGUGGCAGCGCUAAUGGAUUCACAUUGUGUGUUGGACUUCUGUUCUCCUUCAGCGUGGUGAAACUAUAUCCCACCGCGGAAGCUUGGAUUGGCACUGCCAAUUGUUUCGCCUUUUUCAGUGCGAUAUCUUUAUUGGGUGUGGCAUUUAUUUAUUUCAUUGUGCCUGAGACGAGAGGUCGUACAUUACUGGAGAUUGAGAACUACUUCCGUACUGGACGGAAGGUAAGCAAUGCGGAAAUUGCACGGCGGCAGUCACAAAUAGCGAUGGAGGAGGCGUCGGGAAUAUACCGUUCCGAACAGGAACUUAAUGAAGUAUUCUUGAAAUUAAGUAAAGUAGACGAAGACGGUGAAAACGCCAAAGAGUGAUAGACUGUAGAAAUGAAUAUCGGCACCAAAUAUAUUUGUCGAAACUUUUAAAUAUGAGUUCAAAAUGCCAUAUCUGUACUUAAAGUAAAUAUACAUACGUAUUAAUAAUUAGACUGUGAUGUAAGUUUUUAAGGUCUAAAAGUAAAAAGACUUGUAACCCAAAAACAUUUUUUGAAUAAUAUGUACAUAUAUAUUUACUUUGCACGAAUAUGUAUUUGAAUAAAUACAUGUACUUAUGUACAUUAUAAUAUAAACAAAAAUAUAAUUGUAUCGGAUUUCCCCAAACCCCUACUUUUACAUCAAUUAAAAUUCGAUUCCUUCAAAUCCUGGCGCUACAUAUAGAACCUAAA